CAGCGAUGUUCUCAUUUCUUAUCAUGUUCGAGGUUUCUUGUUUCUGUUGUUGUUACCACCGCGAUGUUGAGAUUUGUUGCGAUGCACGAGACCGGGCUUUGAUUGAAGAUGGAGGUCGCCCACGCAGAUUUUGAGAUCGCUUCGACAGGCACCGUCUGGGGUAAUCCUUCCAUUGCUAUUUCUAACCCAACAUCAAGUGGGUUGAAGAGGAAACUGGGUGCAGGUAAUUCGUUCUGGAGUCCUUCUGCUCCAAGCCGCGAAUUACCUCCAUCUCCCAGCUUAAGCGCAGAGUCUACUUGUCUACGAGGCUUCAAGGAUGCUGAGGGCUAUUCUAUGAUAUGCUUCUGCACUGAGUGUCAAGAUUUGUUCUUGGCUCAAGAAAGUAGCGGCUCCGAAUUCAAUCCCACUACCAAUGCUUCUGAUGACCAGAACCUCGUCUCAUCUGUGACGAUCUCGACAGAUGUUAGCGUGCGCUCACCGUCCACCUCAUCUUCUUCAAGAUCGCCGCAGAGACAGCAUAAGGCGACCAAAAACUCCGGAAUCAGCAAGACAGCCUCCAAUGCUAAUAAGACUCUCCGUCCCGAAAUCCUCAUCGAUCAAUUGGAGGUAGCUCUCCAUGGUGAUGAGAAGACGUCUUCGGAAUUCAAAUGGAAGGCAUCGGUCUUAUUUAAGGAAUUAAAGACGCUGAUUGAGAAUGAAUCGGCCAAUCAACAGCUCCAUAUUGAGAUCACGACACCAGUUCCAUCCUCUUUGGGUCGACCACGAAAGAAAGGCACGAAGAAGAGUGCUGGGAAGAACGAACCUUACGAGAAAAUUUACCACUGCACCAAGGCAAAAUGCAAAUACUCAACCAGCUCGGCCAUGGACUGGAGACGCCACGAAGAGACUCACUGGCCUCAGAAACGCUACAUGUGCAUUCAAUGUCCGAAUUCGGCUGGGAACUCAGGCUUAUCAAAGUGCUCGUUCUGUCUAUCCAUGCUCGCUACAGUGGAGACUCAGUCACAUUACCUACAAUGUGAAUCUGCACGAAGAAAUGGCCGUACUUUUGCGAGAAAGGACAAGCUUAGCGAGCAUCUACAAAAAGACCACUCCAUCCCGCCCGGCUCUGCUAUGUCACAAGCAACAAAUUGCACAUUUCAAGUUGACAAUGGUUGGCCUAGGCAAUGUGGCUUUUGCAGCAUUCUUUUCGAAACAUGGGACGAGAGAGCGGGACAUCUCAUCGAAGGGCAUUUCAAGCGAGGAGAAGACUUAAGAUUAUGGCAAUCCUCUUACCCGACUCAAUAUCGCAGAGGCAAUCUCAAUGAUACUCAGCAUUUCGAUACCGAAUUCUGCGGAGAAUAUGGAGAACUUCCAUCUCCAUCCUUCCCUCAAGUCCUUUCACAGACAAUGCAAAACCAGUUCCAAGGAUGGUCAUAUAACCAACCCUCGCAGGUUACUUACGAUCCUACAAUAGAAGACAGUUCUUAUACUCAGGAUCUAAACACCACCGCAACACGAUCACUCGUGCCAGAGAUCUACCAUAGCCCUAUGGUGACUAACACGACCGCACCCAUCCCGAUACCCGAAGACCGAAAAGCAGAACUCGCUCGAAAGAAGGGAGUCUUAACUUCCCUCAGCGAUCUAAGAAAGAAACGAAAUCCAACCAGAAACGAGCCCCUCCAUCACAUGCUCUCGACCCCCUCAAAAGAUCUCCCCCCUCCUCAGGUUCUCUUACAACCACAAGCAACACUUCCCAACGAACAAUCUUCUCUAGACACCUCAUCCAAAUUCCAACCCCCCACCCAAUACGUAUUCCACCACCCCUCAGAAUACGACCCCACAAUCGAAGACUUCGACUACGCCCCAAGACUCCCCAGACAAGAAGAAAUCACGCAAAUAGCGCUCCCAGAAACCGUCCUCAACCCCGCAAUUACCAACACCUCACCACCCCUUACCAAGAAAUCCCGCACCACCCUCCAGAAAGCCGCAUUCGCCUUCCUCAGGAAACCCGCACAACCCAAAGAACCGCCAACAACCAGCCGACCCCAGUAUACUCCCAUCAAUCCAACCGCAGAAACUCCCCGCAGCACCUAUAGCCGACCGGCACCAGAACCCAGAACCGAAACACUACCCUCAAUAUACAACAACCCCUACAACAGCGACCCCUCCCCCUACGACCCCACAAUCUCAGACGACACGCCUCGCGACCUUUCCUACGAAGCCGCACUCCUGCAAUUCGAGCUUGAUCAAGAGAUCGCUGCUCGAGAACAAUUCUCAGCCAGACCACCUGUGACAGAGCAAGACCUAGAGUUCAGAGCACGCGUUGCAAACAUGAGAGCCGCGAACGAGGCGAGGCUAGCUUUUCAAAGCCGAAGUAUGGAGGGGGGAGCUAGUCCGAGAUUCCUCAGCGCGAAGAUAGAUUCGCGAUCGCCGCCGCCGCCGCGCCGUGCGUCGUGGUUUGAUGGGUUGGCGUUGAGGUUGAGGGAUAGGGGGUCGGGUGAGAAGACCCAGGAGAGUGGACAGAAGAAGCGGAAAGGGAAGGAAGUGGAAGAAGAAGAAACAGGAUUGAGUGCUGCGAUGGGAGGACUAUCUGUUAAUGAGAAGAAGGGUAAGAGGAAGAGCGGUUCUAGCAGCAAUGAACAAGAAGGGGGGAGGAAGAGAUGGAGUGGUAUAUUCGGCAAGGAGAAGAUUCCACCACCACCACCAACAACGUUACAAACACCGAAAUCAGCAGUAGACUCCACCAGCAACGACUUGGAUGAGAUAUCGUUCCUCCCGCCUCUUGAAUUGGACUUAGGGCCUGAGAUAAAGCUGUAUUAGGAUUUUUUCUUGUAUAGAUAUGAUUUUUUAGUUCUUUAGUUUAGAGAGGGCUUUGGAAUAAGUAGAUAUAUAGGACAUCUAUGUAGGCGUGGCAG